GUAAUGCAUCCUUUUUGCAUUGGCUUUAAUGGCCCUUGCUAAAGAUUGAGUGUAUCUGAGUAAAGCAAAAGCAUUCACACACAGCUGAGGUGAAGGUGUCACCUCGAGCGUGUGUUCAAUGAGGACGGACAGCCGAGCAGAUCUGACCAAGAUGACCACGCCGUUUUCUCCUCCGCUGUACAUGCAGCGAUACCAGUUUGUUAUCGAUUACGUGAAAACCUACAGAUCUAAAAAGGUCAUCGAUGUCGGUUGCGCUGAAUGUCGCUUACUGAAAAAGCUGAAGUUUCAUCGCAACGGUAUACAGUUACUAGUGGGAGUUGAUAUCAACAGUGUCGUCCUCUUGAAGAGAAUGCAUACAUUGGCUCCACUUGUAAGUGAUUAUCUACAGCCAAGUGAUGGACCUUUGACCAUUGAGUUGUACCAAGGGUCUGUCACAGAGAGGGAGCCCUGCACCAGAGGAUUUGAUCUUGUUACAUGUGUUGAGUUAAUCGAACACCUGGAGCUUGUGAAGGUGGAGAGCUUUUCAGAGGUGGUGUUUGGGUACAUGGCACCAGGUGCCGUGAUUGUCAGCACACCUAACGCAGAGUUCAACCCGCUGCUGCCGGGCCUUAGAGGCUUCAGAAACUACGAUCAUAAGUUUGAAUGGACCAGAGCAGAGUUUCAGACUUGGGCUCACAGGGUCUGUAGAGAAUAUGAUUACUCUGUGCAGUUCACUGGAGUUGGAGAAGCUGUUGGCCACUGGAGAGAUGUGGGAUUCUGCACCUAGAUCGGUGUGUUCCAGAGGAAUUUUGAUGGGAUAAAUCAGUCCAUGAGUAAUGCUGAAAGCUUGGAACCUUCUGUGUAUAAACUGUUGUACAAGGUGGUGUAUCCAAGCCUGUGUGAUAACAACAUCUACCAGAAGACUUUAGUUAAUGAGGUCCUGUAUGAGGCACAACAACUGAGACGGGAAUGGCUCAGGAGAAUGAACAUGGACUCCAACAAUAAUGCACACUUCUACGCUCCUCCAUUAAUGGAAGUAUUCCAGCAUGGGGUCGAAGGGGAUGCACGUGAGUGGCAGCCUAUCUACCAGCAGGGCGGCACCAUUUGCGUUCCUUUGGAACGUGUGUGGUCCAGUCCCAGAGUGAGAGCGCUGUGUGGGAGCAUGCGGCGUCUCAGGGAGGAACUGCUGGAGGAUGAGCGGGUGAGGAUGAGCGCUGAUGGAACGGUGUUAAACCUGCCUACCGAUGAUGAUGAGGUGGAGGAAGAAAAAGAUGAUGUGAAAACAGUAUCAGGUGUAGCAAACAACAUAGAGGAGGACUGGGAUAGGGAGCUUGGGAGUUAAGGUAAUGUAUAACAGAUCCAGAAAGCUCUGUAACCAGAAUAAAAGAAAGCAAGCUGCACUUAAGACGAUUGUUAGUUUUUGACUGUAUGUGUAGGAUCAUCAGAAAGACAUAUUUCAAUUAUAUGGCCAAAUCUGUGUGAUCGAUGGAGAAGACAACCAUUAAACAUGUCAUUAAAAAUGCAAAUAUGUGA